AAAACUCUUCAAAAUCUCCCUUUUUCUCACAUCUGCCGAUACUUCUUCUACACAAAAGCACAAAUCUCUCUCAAGCUUCGAUCUCUCUUCUAGAGAAGAGCAAGUGCUUCCACAAACCCUAAACUAUGUCCGGCGGUUUCUUCCGGGGUACUUCCGCCGAGCAGGAUACUCGGUUUUCUAACAAGCAAGCCAAAUUGAUGAAGAGUCAGAAAUUUGCUCCGGAGUUGGAGAAUCUGGUGGAUGUGACUAAAGUGAAGAUGGAUGUUAUGAAGCCUUGGAUUGCGACUAGAGUCACUGAGCUUCUUGGUUUUGAAGAUGAAGUGCUGAUUAACUUUAUCUAUGGUCUGCUUGAUGGGAAGGUAGUGAACGGUAAGGAGAUUCAGAUAUCGCUAACUGGAUUCAUGGAGAAAAAUACUGGCAAGUUUAUGAAAGAACUUUGGACACUUCUUCUAAGCGCACAGAAUAAUUCAAGUGGUGUUCCGCAGCAGUUUUUAGAUGCUAGAGAAGCUGAAACAAAGAAGAAACAGGAAGAAGCAAUACAAAAAGCAGAUCGGUUAGCAAAUGAAAUAGAGAGGAAGAGGGAGGGAGAAAAGAAGAACCCUGAGCAUGAUAUAUUGAGGAAAAUAGACAGCGGCGUAGAACACAAGGAGACAAAUGGCAUGGAUACAAAACCUUCAAGAGAUCGUCUAGAGGAUGGGAGAAGGGCUGACGAGAAGAAUGGUGUGAAAGAAAGGAGAAGGGAUCUGAUACCUCCACGUGGCAGAGAUGCAUCCCGCUCACCCCUUAGGGGGUCACGUUCUAGGUCAAUCAGCAAAACAAAUUCAGGCUCGAAAAGUUAUUCUGGUGAACGGAAAUCCAGGAGCUUGUCUCAAUCAUCAGAUGCCUCCAUCUCACCUAGAAAGCGGAGAUUGUCGAAUUCAAGACGUAGAUCCAGAUCACGUUCCUUGCGUAGGUCUCUAUCUCCUCGGCGACGUACGAUACAUUCUCCUUAUGGAAGCAGGUCACGGUCACCUAUUAGACGUCACAGGCGACAUACGCCUGAGGGACGCCGUCAAUCACCAGCCCCUUCAAGGCGUCGCCGUUCUCCAUCCCCACCUGCUAGGAGGCGCAGGUCACCAUUCCCACCUUCUAGGAGGCGCAGGUCACCAUCCCCACCUGCUAGGAGGCGCAGGUCACCAUCACCACCUGUUAGACGGCGUAGGUCACCAUCACCACCUGCUAGGCCGCGCAGGUCACCAUCGCCCCCUGCUAGGCGUCGCCGUUCUCCACUGCCCUUUAGGCGGCGUAGGUCUCCUUCACCGCCAGCUAGGCGGCGCAGGUCUCCAUCUCCACUCUAUAGUCGUAACAGGUCACGGUCACCACUGGUUAAGCGGGAAAGGUCUGGCUCACAAGGGAGGUCUCCGUCACCAGUGGCUAGGCGCAGGGAUCCCACUGGGGCAAGAUUGCCUUCACCACCGGCUGAGCAAAGGUUGCCUUCACCACCCGCUGGGCAAAGGUUACCUCCACCACUCCCUAGGCGUGCAGGAUUACCUUCGCCAAUGAGGGUUGGAGGAUCUCAUGCAGCCAAUCACCUGGAAUCACCAUCACCCAGACCCAGUUCACUGUCCCCUCCUGGUAGGAAAAAAGUGUUACCAUCUCCACCUGUUAGAAGACGUAGGUCACUGACACCUGCUGAAGAGCGAGUCUCCCUGUCACCAGCUGGACGCCAUGAAGCAGAAUCCCUUUCACAUGUCAAGCAAGGUGGAUCUACGUCACCUGCUAGGGGUCAAGGUAAAUCUUCCCCUACUCGACAUCAGAAAGCGCGCUCUCCUGUUCGGCGCAGAUCACCAACUCCUGUCAACCGGCGAAAUCGAAGAUUUCCAUCUGCUUCACAAUCACCUGAUGACAGACGUAAGAGACGGUCUCCAUCUUCGAGCAGGUCUCCUUCUAGGUCUCGAUCACCUCCUGUUCUUCAUAGAUCUCCUUCUGCAUAUGGAAGAAAACAUCAGAGGGACAGAAGAUCUCCUGGGCAUCUAUCUGAAGAACAAGAUAGGGUUCAAAAUUCGAAGCUGUUAAAGAGAACUUCAGUGCCUGAUACUGACAAGAGGAAACAAUUACCAGAGGAGGUGCUAGAAGUUGGGCGUGUCGACCAUUAUAGGGAGCAAGAGAGAAAGAGUGAUAAGUUGACAGAGAGGCGUUCCGGUCAUAGAACCCAUGGUUCACAGAUGUCCCCAGUAGAAAAUUCAGAAGGAAAGAGUCGGCCUGUUUCUGGUAAAGUGAAAGACAGUGAGCAGGUUGAGAAAGAUGAUAACAGCGACCUGGAUGCAAACCUUUCCUCUGAUUCUAAGGAAAGCAGCAGACAUCGAACUAAGGAUAAAAAGAGAAGAAAGAAUAAAAGGUCUUCGAGGGAAGAAGUAUCUUCAGAUGAUAAUGGCAGUUCUGAUUCUGACCUAGAUGAUAGGAAGGAGGCUAAAAGGAGGAGGAAGGAGGAGAAGAAAACGAGAAAGGAGGAGAAGAAACGUAGGCGAGAGGAGAGACGUCGUAAAAGGGAAGAACGACGUGGUGGAAAGGAGAAACAUAAGAAUCGAGAGCUAUCUGAUACUUCAGAAGGAGAAGCUGAAGCCCGUCCUAAGAAUAAAAAAGGGGGGGAGUCUGAUCCAAAGAGGCUUGAAAUUGAGUUGCGAAACAAAGCACUCGAGUCAUUGAAAGCAAAGAAGGGCAUCAGCCACUAAGUCCUUAUCCAGCGUUAUUUGAACAUCAUCUUUUAAGAUACAAUCCCUUGCUAGAUUUAUCCCUCUAUGUUUUGUUUUUUCUUACAUGUUCAAACUUUUCUUAUGUGGUCUGUUUGUUGGUGGCAGCAAAAUUGGACAAGUGACAAUUACUCUGCUAUUCUUGAGUGCAGACUUUAUGCAGACAUUCAUGGCUCUGA